ACAUAACCUUGAAUUACAAGAAAGAUCGAAUUUUGAAUUAAAUAAUAAUUUUACAUAUAUUUGGUUUCUCAAAAUAGCAUUUUAUUUACUGUUGUCUAACUGGAACUUUAACACAUACAAUUUUUGCAUGUAUUUAAUUUUUAAUCUAAAAUUUGUAUGUAUAUUAAUUAUUAUUUAAGCCCAUCCCAAGAAAAAUAUUUUGAUAUUGCGCCAUCUUUAUAGUGACUUUAUAUAAAUUGAAACUAUUUAAAUUUUAUGUGAACUGAAUACACUAAAACACAUUCAAAUGAACAGAAUAAAAUACGCUAGUCCACUUUUAUUAGAUGGCGAAGCAACAGUAGCUGUGGAAAAUAACGUGAGGCUGUAUGAUGGAGAUCAAAAGACCUCAUUUGAAGGUGGAGAGUUGAUAAUCACUACACAUCGAAUUUUAUGGGGCCGGCAAGGACAAAUAGCUCGAGGGCAAACAUGUUUAGCUUUACAUUUACAUCUAGUUGUGUUUUUAGAAGAGGAGUCCCCUAGUGCCUUCAGCUUCAGUCGAUCAAGAAAAGUAGUAGUACACUUAACAGAGACAAAUGAUUAUUCAAAUGGCCCACAGUUGACAAGCAUCUACAACUUUAUUAAAUUAUCCUUCAGAGAGGGUUACACCAACCAUGUUCCAUCUAUCCUUAAUGAUUUACUUCAAAAUAGGCCAUGGGAGCCAAAGAUCUCUAUAGUUCCAUCUGUACAAGUCACAGUACAAAGACCUAUCGUUCCUACUAUUAAACCUAGAUUGGGAAUUGUGGGAAUAGAAAGGAGUAUUCAAGCUAAACAAAAAGAAACAGAUGAGAGUAUAACUUUGGCUUUCCAAGAUUUAGACAAGUUGAUGGUCAUGGCAAAAGAUAUGGUGAAUAUAUCAAGGACCAUAUCUACAAAAAUUAAGGAAAAACAAGGUGAUAUAACUGAAGAUGAAACAAUACGAUUUAAAUCUUAUUUACUCAGUCUUGGCAUUGAUGAUCCAGUCACCAGAGAUUCCUAUAAAUCCGAUAAUCAAUAUUAUCAGAGCUUAGCUAGACAAAUAUGUAAUUUUAUUCAAAAACAUGUUGAGGACAUGGGUGGUAUGAUGGCCCUUACUGAUGUUUUCUGUUGGGUAAAUAGAGCGAGAAGUUUGGAAUUGCUAUCACCAGAAGACAUUCUCAAUGCCUGUAAAAUCAUGGAGAGUCUAGAUCUGCCUAUUAAGUUAUUUCAGUUUUCUUCUGGAGUUAUGGUACUUCAAUUAAGUAGCUUAGAUAGUUUAAGUAUUGCAGAAGCUACAGCAAUAUUGGUGGAAGACAAAGAGUCCAUGUCUGCUGAAGAACUGGCACAGAGUUUGGGCAUUUCAUUAACCUUAGCUAAAGAAAGGCUUCUAACAGCAGAGAAAUACGGAAAAUGCUGCAGAGAUGAUUCUAUUGAGGGUCUAAGAUUCUAUCCAAACUUGUUUCUAACCAGAGAAGAAUAAGGGCAUAAUGUAUGCUUAUAAAUGGUUUUAAAAGCCAACAUGUGUGAUGAAGGAAGUAUUUAAAAUUGCAUAAGUCUACAGAUGUUUAUUAUUUACGUCAAUUUGAUAAAGAAACUAACAGCUAACUUCAAUUUAAUAAAUAACAUAAAAGACAUACUGUAUAAGUCAGCCCACUUAAAUUUUAGAUCAUUCUACACAUUCUUAUUUUAUGUUUGUAUUCUCUUUAAUAUUUCAGUGUACAAAGGCUUUGUUAAAACUAACAUACGUUAUUAUUUAUAUACCAAGUAACUGCUGGCUCCAUUCUGACGCCGACCUCUGAACCCUUUUUAUUAUAUUAUAGAUGAUUGUUCAGCUAGAACACCUGCUGAAGUUCUGUGUAUUUAUUGACGUAUGUCAAAUGCUGUUUUUAUAUUGUUUCAUCAAAUUUAAGUUGAUGAAGAAUAGUUCAUAGUCAUUGUCAAAUGAAUUUAAGAAAACAAAUAUAUUUGAAAAUAUCAAGUAUGUAUAUAAAAAUAAACCAAUAAUGGCGUAGGGAUGUGGCGACCUCAUCGCCCAAAGACUCUGUCUUUGCAAUCAGCCUAAGGUAGCAAGUAGAUACUUCUCUACAACCCCAAUAGCAAACAGAUCUACUAAAGGGAUGCGGCCCUGCCUUAAACAAGCCUUGAUCCAUGAUGGUUAUCUCCCAGUUCCUUUACAUGGCAGACAUCUUGUCCUAUUCCUAAACCCUUUAAAUUGCUUUUUUUAAUACAAAUGUAUACCAUUUUUAUUCAGUUGCAAUGCGAAGCCAAAACUGUCUUAACUUUUACUUAGGUUAGAGAGCGCAAAGAGCACUCUUAUCGACGAUUUCACCUCUUGUUAGAGGUUCUUCAGAGAAUGCAUAGGCUGCUAUCUCUACUCCAGGUAAAAAUUUUCGACAUUUAUUUCCCCCAUUGCAACUGACGUGAAGGUAGUAGGUGCGUAGCGGUAUCUGCUAAAUGAAAGUCUAAGUUUUUUAACCUAAUAAAAAACUAACAAAAAGUUUUUCAAUUAAAUAUCUUUUAAAAAUAUUUUACAAAUAGUUUUAUUAGGUUGAAAAACUUAGACUUUUGCUUUUUUUCCUUAUACACAUCACUAACCAGUCUCUCAAAGAGCCAAAAUGAAGUAAUAUCAGAAAUUUCAAAAAUUAACUACAUAAUGUCACUGCUGUUUCGGAUAUACAUGUAUUAUGUUACAAAGUACCGUAAUAAAACCUGUUAGAGGAAUGAUACAACACUAAAAAUAUAAUACAUUGUCUAUAUAUAAAUAAUGCUGUUAUUCUAACUUAUCUUAAAAGUGAUUAAUUCUUACAAAAUUAUACAUUAGAAUAUAUAAUUGAUAAUAAAAUCUUGAUCUCUGUGCAGUUGUUACACCAUAAUAUGGUGAAGGUAAAUAUGUGAAUAUGGUCAUAUUAUGAAGAAUACCAUCUUCUUGAUUAAACAUAAUGAUGUAUCCAUAUGGUUGUAUGUUUUACUUUACAUUAAAAGUCAUUGAUAGUGUGAAGAUUAUAGCGUUGGAUUCAAAAUUAGGUUAAACAAACUGCAGUAUCAGUUUACGUUGUGAAUUUAGUUUUCUGAAUGUAUAAAAAUGAUCUACACAUGCAUAUCAAUAUCCAGUCUGGAUAAUGAGUGUCAAAAACUUUUAAUAUAUAUGGAUAUUAAUAAUUCUAAAGUUAUUGUAUUACAAUAAUGAAACGAACAUGAUUGAAUGUUUCAAAUAUAUUCUUUUAUGUGAAUCAUUAAAAGUCAUUGAUAGUGUGAAGCUUAUGGCGUUGGAUUUAAGAUUAUGGUUGGACAAACUGCAAUAUCAGUUUAUGUUGUGAGUAUGCCAUUAAAAGUCAUUGAUAGUGUGAAGCUUAUGGAGUUGGAUUUACAAUCAUGGUUAUACAAACUGAAAUACCAGUUUAUGUUGUGAGUGUGCAACAACUAUAGUAAGCAUUUAAUUUUCUGGAUUUAUAAUGUAUAAAAAUGGUCUACACAUACAUAUUAUCAAUAUCCAGUCUGGAUGACGAGUAUUAAAAACUUUCAAUAUUUAUGGAUAUUAUUAAUUCUAGUUAUUGCCUUACAAUGAUAAAACAAACAUGAUUGAAUAUUUCAAAUAUAUUUUUUUAUGCGAAUCAUUAUAAGUAAUUGAUGGUAAAGCUUAUGUCGUUGGAUUUGAAAUUAUGGUUAAACAAACUGCAAUGUCAGUUUAUGUUGUGAGUAUGCCAUUAAAAGUCAUUGAUAGUGUGAAGCUUAUGGCGUUGGAUUUGAAAUUAUGGUUAAAUAAACUGCAAUAUCAGUUUAUGUUGUGAGUAUGCCAUAAGAGUAUGUCAUUAAAAGUCAUUGAUAGUGUGAAGCUUAUGGCAUUGAAUUUAAAAUUAUGGUUAAACAAACUGCAAUAUCAGUUUAUGUUGUGAGUAUGCCAUUAAGAGUGUCAUUAAAAGUCAUUGAUAGUGUGAAGCUUAUGGCGUUGGAUUUGAAAUUAUGGUUAAAUAAACUGCAAUAUCAGUUUAUGUUGUGAGUAUGCCAUUAAGAGUAUGUCAUUAAAAGUCAUUGAUAGUGUGAAGCUUAUGGAGAAAUAUCAGUUUAUGUUGUGAGUGUGCAACAACUAUAGUAGGCAUUUAAUUUUCUGGAUUUACAAUGUAUAAAAAUGGUCUACACAUACAUAUUAUCAAUAUCCACUCUGGAUAACGAGUAUUUAAAAACUUUUAAUAUUUAUGAAUAUUAUUAAUUCUAAAGUUAUUGUAUUACAAUGAUGAAACAAAUAUGAUUGAAUAUUUCAAAUAUAUUCUUUUAUGCGAAUCAUUAAAAGUCAUUGAUGGUGAAGCUUAUGGCGUUGGAUUUAAAAUUAUGGUUAAACAAACUGCAAUGUCAGUUUAUGUUGUGAGUAUGUCAUUAAGAGUAUGUCAUUAAAAGUCAUUGAUAGUGUGAAGCUUAUGGCGUUGGAUUUGAAAUUAUGGUUAAACAAACUGCAAUAUCAGUUUAUGUUGUGAGUAUGCCAUUAAGAGUAUGUCAUUAAAAGGCAUUGAUAGUGUGAAGCUUAUGGCAUUGAAUUUAAAAUUAUCGUUAAACAAACCUGCAAUAUCAGUUUAUGUUGUGAGUGUGCAACAACUAUAGUAGGCAUUUAAUUUUCCGGAUUUAUAAUGUAUAAAAUUGGUCUACACAUACAUAUUAUCAAUAUCCAGUCUGGAUGACGAGUAUUAAAAACUUUUAAUAUUUAUGGAUAUUAUUAAUUCUAAAGUUAUUGUAUUAGUACAAUGAUGAAACGAACAUGAUUGAAUGUUUCAAAUAAUAUAUCCUUUUAUGUGAGUCAUUGAUAGUGUUAAGCUUAUGGCGUUGGAUUUAAAUUUAUGGUUAAACAAACUACAACGUCAGUUUAUGUUAUGAGUAUGCAACAACUAUAUUAGGCAUUUAAUUUUCUAGAGUAUAAAAAUGACACAUACAUAUUAUCAAUAUCCAGCCUGGAUAAUGAGUAUAAAAAACUUUUAAUAUUUAUGGGUAUUAAUAACUCUAAAAUGAUUGUAUUACAAGAAUGAAACGAACAUGAUUGAAUGUUUCAAAUAUAUUCUUUUAUGUGAAUUAUUAAAAUUUAGGUUAGACAAACUGCAAUAUCAGUUUAUGUUGUGAGUAUGUCAUUAAAGUCAUUGAUAGUGUGAAGCUUAUGGCGUUGGUUUUAAAAUUAUGGUUCAACAAACUGCAAUAUCAGUUUAUGUGGUGAGUAUGCAACGACUAUAGUAGGUAUUUAGUUUGCUGGAUGUAUAAAAAUGCUCUACAUAUACAGAUUAUCAAUAUCCACUCUGGAUAAUGAGUGUCAAAAACUUUUAAUAUUUAUGGAUAUUAAUAAUAAUUCAAAAAUUAUGGUAUUAUGCUAAAAUUAUAAAUACUUCUGAAAGCUUAUAUAUUAAAUCAAAUCUUGAUCUGCAACAAGUAUAUCAUUGUUAUCCCAUGGGAAGAAUUUUAUUUUUCCAGCAUACAAUGAUGAAACGAAUAGGAUUGAAUGUUUCAAAUAUAUUCUUUUAUGUGGUACAUUAGAAGUUGUUGAUAGUGUGAAGAUUAUGGCGUUCUUGAGCGCUACAACCCUUUGUGAGUUGUGGCUGGCUUAACAAUGUUCUUCCAUUCUGCCCUGUCAGAUACUUUCCUUCUGAAAACAUUUUUAUUAAAAAGUCUUGAUCUGCAACCAACAGAUAUAUCACUCUUACCCCAUGGAAAUAAUGUCAUUUUUUCAGCAUAAAAUGAUGAAUCGAACAGAGUUACAUGUUUCAAAUAUAUUGUUUUAUAUUGUCCAUUAGUGGUUUUUGAUAGUGUGAAGAUUAUGGUGUUGGCGUUACAAAUACUAAUAUUGCUUCCAUGGCUCCAAUAAAGCUGACAACAAAUAUAUUCUUCAUUUAUACUAGUAGCCUCCAUUGUUACUACACAUCCAAUGUCUAAUUUCUUAAGAUACAAUAAUGGCUUCUACAGGAUGAGUGGAUAUUUCAGAUAUAAAUAUUUUUCUUAUGUAUCUUCAGUACGGAUAAUCUACAAUAAAAAUAAUUUCAAUAUAAUUACAUAUACUCAGUAAAGUAGUGGUAAAUUUGAGUGGAGUGCUGAUCUCCUUUAUGUAUUAUGUUAUAUUUCUUCAAUUUGAUUAGAUCUAUUAUAGGUUGUUUGUUCAUUUUUUAAUUGUAUAAUAUAUAGGAUGUUAAGAAACAAAGCCUUUGAUUACUGUAACAUAAAUAAUUUCCAAUAUCUAUAGCGUGUUUUGCAGUGACUUUAAGUAGGAAAAACAUAGGGCUAUGUAAAUCUUAUGGAACCUUGGAGAUCAGUGUUGCCAGUUUUAUUAUUUUGAACUAAUUCAUAGAUACUAUGAAAGGUAUUUAUAUGAUAUUAACGAUUAGCCCAGGGCUUCCCAAACUGUGCGUCACGACGCCCUUGGGCGUUGCUGACUUUUAGUACAGAAAAUAUAUUUAUGCCUGGACAGUAUGGAAGACUACGAACAUAACAAAGAAACAUUCUAGCAAAGAACAUUACAACUGAAUUAAGUGUUGUGAUGAAUAGCAUUAUUAAAGUGAUGAACUACAUUAAGACAUGACCCGUGAAAUCAAGUCUUUUCGAUAGACUUUAUGAAGAAAUGGGGUCAAGUGUCAAGUACACCUCUUUAAUUUAUUAUUGUAACUCUAGUUCACUGACCAAAGGCAACAUACUCGCACGUGUAUAUUAGGAAAUGCAUUUUACACGUAUCUACAUACAGAAUCACAUAAUGGUGAGCAAUUUUAUUAAUUCAGAGUUUAUAAUAAAAUUAGCAUACCUCUGUGACAUAUUUAACAAAUUAAAUGAUCUCAAUAAGUCUUUGCAGGGAAACAAUACUCAUGUCAGUCAUGUCCUGCAAUUGGUAGAUAAAAUUACUGGGUUUUAGAAGUUGCUCUUAUGAACGAGAAAAUUAGAAGAUCAAGAAAUUGACUGUUUUCCUGCUUUACAAUGUAUUAAGAAAAAUCGAUAAAAAGCCUCGAUCCCUCUUUAAAAAAGAUGUUUACACAACACAUGUUAUCAUUGAGCGAACACUUUGAGAAAUAUUUUUCCGAAGAUCUGGAACAAUAUAUGAUCUAGGUCAGACAGAAACCCUUUCCAGUUAUCCGUACCAUCGACACUUUCAAAAGAGGAAGAAAACCAACUGACACAGAAUUGUUCUGUGAUUUCAGCGUAAAGCUUCAACACAAGGACAAACUGUUUGAAUUUUGGAGCUCAGUUUCUCAUGAAUAUCAUGCCAUCAGCACUGCUGCAUUAAAGGUUUUUUUACCAUUUGCGACACUGUACUCAAACUCAAACAUAAACUUAGAAGAAGAAAUGAGAGAGGCAAUUUCCAAAGUGGAGCCCCGAUUUCAUAAUCUGUGCUCAAAAAAGCAAGCAUAUCCCUGAUAUUAACCAGCCAAUUACAUAAAUUAAUUAAUAUCCCCUUUUAUUUUUGUGCCUAUGUUUUGAUUUAUUGUUUUGAUUUGAUUUAUUUUCUUAAUUUCUAAUAAAAAUUAUAAAUGUUCAAAUAGUGUUUUUGUUAUGACUAUAACCUAUUACUAGGCUAGUACUAAAAUUGGUAAGUAUUAUUAAUUGGGGGUUGGGUUGAGGGGCGUUGCAAAAAAAUAGCAAAAUCCCAAGGGCGUCACAGUACAAAAAAGUUUGGGAAGCCCUGGAUUAGCCUAUGAUUAAUAUUUCACUAAAUAUCCAUUUUCUAAUUUUCCUUGCUUAUUCGCAUAAAUUACUCUGAUAAUUAGUAUGAUUUAAGUGCCUGAAUUGACUGCAGCACGAUAAUAUGUAAGUAAUUUAAAUUAUAUUUAAUGUAAUAUAAUUUGAUUUUGGUGAAUUAAUGUUAUUUUUAAGAUGUAUAAUGUAGAUAUGUUGGUAAUUACAUACAUAACUAUUUACAAUUCUACCUUAUUUUCUAUAAUUAGGUCCACAAUGAAUUAUUUUUCGUGGGUGGUAUCUAUUUUAAACUUAAAUUAAACAGGUAUUUAAAAUGUUCAAGUACUGCGGAUAAGCUAAAUGUAAGUAAGGUAGGUAUUGUAAAGGUAUAUAACAGGCAGCACUGUUCUUCGUAAGAGUCUGUACUGCAAAGUGACCACGAAACGCAGUAUAGUUACUUAAAACUACUAUAAAACUGUUGGAAUUGUAAUUUGAAAAAAAAGUCAUUCUUUUACACCACAUAUUUUACGAAAGUAAAUUUAACAUAGGUAGUUGUUAUUGCUUUUAUUUUUAUUCUGUUUUAGAUAAUAAUCAGUAUUAAGAAUUUCCGCUGAACAAUUUUGCUUUAUUGAACUUCAGCUCAUCUGUCCCUUUAUAGAAACAUCAUUAUGGUUAUUAUAGUUGUUCCCUUAUACCUAAAGCAGCAUUUAGCUUCAAAUGCAGCCUUUACUUUUCUUUUUCAUGAAUAAACCCAAAAUGUUAACUAUUGCUAAUCUGUUAUUAAUUAAUUUGCUUGAUGUAAUUUGUAAAAUGUUAUAAAAAUCUUUUGUAUAUAUUUCAAAUAAAUUUAUUUUUUUCAUUAA